AUGGCGGAGAAGUUCGAGGCGUUGGAACAACAGUUGGAGUUGUUCAUUGAGAAUACCAGGCAAAUGGGCAUCAUUGUCAGCGAUUUUCAGCCGCAGGGUCAAAAUGUUCUCAAUCAAAAAAUACAGAUGAUGGUGACAGAGAUGAACGAGAUCGACAAACUGAGGACCCAGAUCCAAGAUGUUCAUGUGCCGCUGGAAGUUUUUGAUUACAUUGAUCAAGGCAGAAAUCCAAAUCUGUACACCAAGGACUGCUUAGAGAAGGCCCUGGCUAAAAACGAGCAUGUCAAAGGCAAGACGGACAGUUUAAAGAGAUUCAAAGCAUUGCUAUUGGUUGAGCUGAGCAAAGUCUUCCCCAGUGAAAUAGAGAUGUACCGGGCGCUCAAGCAAGGCAGAGGACCAACAUGA